GGUGUAUUUUCGAGAAGAGAAUUAACACUUCGCAUACCGACACUCACGUUCAUUAAUGCUACGCUCAUUCGCCGGGUCUUCUACGUUAAUUGCAGCAUGUUGAAUGUCGUGAGGUAUCAUACGAAAGCAUUAGGAGUGUAUAACACUACGAGAAGCAUAUUUAGCCGGCAACACCUGUUUACGAAUGCGAAAGCCGACGUCGUGCGAUGUAACGAUGUUUCCUUGAAGAAAUACUGUUCAAAAUUUCUAUUGCAAAAGAGACCGCUUCAACAAGUUAACGUUGUAACUCGCAAUUAUGCUUCAAAACCGAGCGGUAAACAUGACAAGAUUGUGGGAUCUUGGUUGCUCACCUGCGGCGGCAUGGUUUUCGUAGCAGUCGCGCUAGGUGGUAUAACGAGACUUACUGAAUCAGGCUUAUCUAUGGUUACCUGGAAAUUGUUAGGAGAGAAAAUGCCCCUCAAUGAGGCUCAAUGGCUCUCAGAAUUUGAGCGUUACAAACAAUUUCCUGAAUAUAAAAUAACCAACUACAAUAUGACAUUGGAGGAGUUUAAACAUAUUUGGUGGAUGGAAUAUUUGCACAGAAUGUGGGGACGUUUAAUUGGCGCUGCAUUUGUAAUUCCAGCAACGUAUUUUUGGUAUAAAGGUAUGCUAAAACCAGGAAUGAAAACGCGCGUUGUUGUCUUAGGAUCUCUAAUUGGCCUGCAAGGACUCAUGGGAUGGUACAUGGUUAAAUCUGGAUUGGAAGAUCGUUUUAUAGAACCAUCCGAUGUCCCGCGGGUGUCGCAGUAUCGUUUAGCCACGCACCUCGGAUUGGCGUUGCUUUUGUAUACUGGAUUUCUCUAUAACGCUUUGGAUCAUCUGAUUCCUGCUCAAAAGCUAACUGUAAAUGUCUCUGGUACUGUAAUCGCGAGUAAUGCAUUGAAAGCACUGAAAAGAUUUAAAGGAUUAAUUUACUCGACAAAAGGACUAGUAUUUGUCACCGCUUUGUCGGGAGCAUUUGUAGCUGGAAUGGACGCUGGUCUUAUUUAUAACACUUUUCCAAAAAUGGCAGAUAAAUGGAUACCUGAUGAUAUACUCGGUAUAUCUCCAGUAUUAAGAAACUUUACAGAAAAUCCAACUACAGUUCAAUUUGAUCACAGAAUUUUGGGAAUCACUACCAUAGCAUUGAUUACUUGUUUGGGUGUUCUGUCUCGUAAACAUAAGCUUCCUGGUCGAGGAAGAAAGGCUGUAGCUGCUGUACUUUGUGCUGGCUAUCUUCAAGUACUUUUAGGCAUUUCAACUUUAUUAUAUCAUGUUCCUCUAACGCUAGCUGCGUCACAUCAAUCUGGCAGUCUCAUACUUUUAAGUAGUAUAAUUUGGCUGUGCCAUGAACUGAAAUAUUUAGGAAAAUUUGCUAAAUAAAUUUGAAAAAUAGUACAACUGUAAUUACAAAUUUGUGACAUUUUGUACAGAUUAAAAAUAAAAAAGAUAUUUUAUUCACAAAA